UGCCACUGUUAGAAGACCGUAGUAAAGAAAAAAGCGUUGGCGGGCGGCGUUGAAGAAAUGGAAAAAGAAAAAGAAAAUCAAUUCAACUCGUACAGACCGUUGGAUCUAUUGCCCCUUAAAAACAAUCCAGCCGCCCAACAUCUUCCGUUUAAAACGACGGCGCAUUGCCAACGCCCGUAGCCGUAGACCCUUUCGCUUUCACCCUUAAAAACAAACUCCAAAACCCUCUCUUUGCCUAUUUAUUUUCUGUAAUUUUCGCUUCCGCUUCUUUCCAUGGAAGAAAAUUCCAAUAUGAAUUAAUUAAAUUAGUUAACCCACUAUUAAUAUAAAAGAGUGAAAGCGUUGUGGAUUUUUUUCCCCUUCGUUUAAGUUUUAAUUUGCUCUAAUUUUGAUAUGGGCAGCACCUUCUUCUCUAUACCAAUAAAGCGAACCAUGCCCGACCCGACCCAUUCUGCUAACGGACCCUCCAAGCGUUCCAAGCCUCCGUCUACUACUCUCUACAUCCCUCCCGGCCAGGUGGCCUUCCGUCUCCUUUGUCACGUGUCGCGUGUGGGGGGCAUCAUCGGCAAGUCGGGCAGCGUCAUCAAGCAACUGCAACAGGCUACGGGUACCAAGAUCCGAAUCGAGGAUGCCCCGGCCGAAUGCCCCGACCGGGUUAUUACCAUCAUAGGUCCUAAUGCUGUUAAUACCAAGGUUGUGCUUGACCUUGGCGGCGACGGUGAGGGUGGUAGUAGAGUUGAGGAAAUCGACGUGUCCAAGGCGCAGGAGGCGCUGGUGAAGGUAUUCGAGAGGAUUCUGGAGGUGGCGGCUGAGAGCAAUGGGGCGGCCUUGGGGAUGGUUUCUUGUCGGUUGUUGGCAGAGGUUAAGCAAGCUGGGGGUGUGAUUGGCAAAGGUGGGAAAGUAGUGGAGAAGAUAAGGGAAGAAACUGGGACCAAAAUUAGGAUUUUGACGGAUAAUCUACCGGCUUGUGCUAGCCUUAAGGAGGAGAUUGUGGAGAUUGAAGGAGCUGUUUUAGCGGUAAAAAAGGCGCUUGUUGCUGUCUCACACCGCCUCCAAGAUUGUCCUUCUGUCAAUAAAACAAGGGCAAUUGAAAACAGAAGCAUUGAACCAAUUCUAACAGAGACUUUGCACAGACCUAUUGACUUACUUCCCCAAGAGAAUUUGCGCAGGGCUAUUGAGGUAUAUCCUCAGGAGACUUCGCACAAACACUUAGAAGUGGUUCCUCAGGACCCGUUCCGCAGACCUAUUGACGUUAUACCUCAGGAACAAUUUCAUAGACACAUUGAGGCUGGUUCACAUGAGGCUUUACCUGAUUUGCAUGUAGACCAUCUUUCACAGCGUAGUUCCAUGGUACCUAGUAUACCCAGUGACUCUACCAGUUAUGCCACCAGAAUUCAUCCUUUGUCUCUGAAGCCCGAGAAGGCUCCUCCUUUGGAUACUAGAACAUUUCAGCAGGAAGUGGUUUUCAAAAUUCUUUGCUUCAGUGAUAGGGUUGGUUGUGUUAUUGGAAAGGGAGGUGCAACUAUUAAGGCCCUUCAAAGUGAUACUGGAGCUACUGUUACCAUUGGAGCUGCAAUCACUGAUUGUGAUGAACGGUUGGUUACUGUUACUGCAUCAGAGAACCCAGAAUCACAGUAUUCUGCAGCACAAAAGGCUGUUGUCCUUGUUUUUGUAAAAGUUUUUGAGGCUUCUAUUGAGAAGGGUCUAGAUUCAGGCGGAGGUAAGGGUUCAAAUGUCACUGCCCGGCUUGUAGUUCCUUCAACCCAAGUUGGUUGUCUGUUGGGAAAAGGAGGGGCCGUAAUAUCUGAAAUGCGCAAAGCAACUUCCACCAGCAUACGGAUUUUAGGGAAGGACCAGGUCCCUAAGUGUGUCAGUGAAAAUGAUCAAGUGGUACAGAUUUCAGGAGCGUAUUCGAAUGUAAAAGAUGCUAUAUAUCGUGUGACUGGUACACUGAGAGAUAACCAUUUUUCUACCUCUAUGAGAACUGUGGGAGCAAAAAGCAGUUCCUCAGUUUUAACUGAGACCAGUCCUUAUGAAAGAUUUUUGGAUAAUUCCCCUCUUGAGUUGCAAGCAUCAAGUGGAGUUUCUCACAGUCUUGGUUGGCAUACUUCUUUGGCAAUGAGUAAUACAGAUUCCUUUGGACUUUCUUAUAGCUUAGAUCGGCCUCGUUCACCAGGAUUGUGGACAUCAGAGAUGGCUACUGGACUGAAUCCAAGGAGCAUCAUAGAUAGUGGAAGAGGACUGACUUCUUUUCGAGGUGGAUUAGAACUUGGCAGUGGAAACAAAUCUGCUGUUGUAACGAAUACAACUGUAGAGAUUAGAGUUCCUGAGAAUGUUAUUGACUCUGUUUAUGGGGAGAAUGGUCGCAAUCUAGCUCGCCUAAGAGAGAUUUCUGGUGCCAAGGUCAUAGUGCAUGAACCUCAAAUAGGAACAAGUGACAGGAUUGUUGUUAUAUCUGGGACACCUGAUCAAACCCAGGCCGCUCAGAGCCUCCUACAAGCAUUCAUCCUCACUGGUCCAUCUCGCUGAAAUCUUUCAUUUAAACCUAAUGUUUUCAUAAAAGGAGAAGAAAAACUUGAAGCUGUUGCCUAUUUAACUGCUUUUCUUCUUUUAUUUUCAAGCAGUGUACUCUAGUCUAGCCAUCUAUGCAAGCCCUGCUCUUUGGUGACAAUAAUUUAGUUCUAAUCAUUUACAAAAUGUUCUGUGGUGAA